AACCCUACUGUCAUGGCGUCCAAAGUGCAAAUUAUAUUUUUAUUAGUUAAUUUGGCUUAUAAACGCCGGAGAAAAUGCCGUUGAAGGGCAUAAAAGUUUUGGAGUUCGUAGGACUUGCCCCGGGACCAUUAUGUGGAAAGAUCCUGACCGAUUUCGGGGCUACAGUCACCCGAAUCGACAAGGUCCUUGAGAAUCCAAUGGAUGUUCUGCAGCAGGGAAAGCGCACAAUAAGCCUGGAUUUGAAGAACCCAAGGGGUCAGCAGUUGGCCCGUCGGCUGGCCAACAAAUGUGAUGUCCUCAUCGAAGGCUUCAGGCCCGGAGUGAUGGAGAAACUCAAUUUGGGACCCGAUGAGCUGUGCAAGGAGAAUCCCCGCCUGGUUUACGCCCGUCUCACGGGAUUCGGACAGCAUGGCCGAUUAGCGCCGCGGGCCGGUCAUGAUAUCAACUAUGCUGCCAUAUCGGGUGUGCUGUCCAUGUUGGGAAGGAGUCACGAGAAGCCAACUGCACCCAUAAAUCUGCUCACGGAUUUCGCUGGAGGCAGUGUGAUGUGUGCACUGGGCAUUUGUGUGGCUCUCUUGGAACGCCAUAAGUCUGGAAAAGGUCAAAUUGUGGAUGCCUCCAUGGUGGAAGGAGCUGCCUAUGUUGCCAGCUGGCUGUUUACGUCCCGGAGUAUGCCCAUUUGGGGACAGGAGAGAGGCCGCAACCUCAUCGAUGGUGGAGCAUAUUUCUACGACACUUACGAAACCAAAGACGGUCUCUACAUGUCCGUGGGCGCCUUAGAGCCACAGUUCUUUGAGGUGCUCAAACAACGUUUAGAACUACCAGAAGAUCUCAGCCAGUUCGGAGAGAAGCAUCAGGAGCGAGGGAAAAGGCUACUAACGGAGGCCUUUCUGUCCAAGACCCAAGCUGAAUGGUCACAGAUCUUUGAGGAUGUGGAUGCCUGCGUUUACCCCGUGCUGGAUUACCGGGAGGUGCAUAAGCACGAUCACAACAAAGAGCGGAAAUCAUUUGGAAUAAUCGAAGACAUGCCAGCUCCAUGUCCAGCGCCGCGUCUAAGUCGAACUCCAGGAAAGUUGCCGGAGAAACCUGUUAAUCAGUUGGCAUUUGUCGAUGAACUGGAACUUAGUCCCCAAGAGAUGAAGGAGCUGUUGAAGUCAGGAGUACUUCAGCUUCCAGAGAAGUCCAAGUUGUAAAAGAUUAAUGCUAAGCCAGUGUUUAAAUUGUGAUUUGUAUGUUAUUUUAAAUUUUGUCAUUUAACAGUUGUGUUCUUCUUAAUAUUCCAAACUACUUCUGAGCUUUAUCAAAUGAAGUUAUUGCCAGCAUGUUACACUAAAGAUAUUAACAUAUUUAAAUAAAACACAUUUCUUGUUGUUUCUUGCA